AUGACGCCCAUUACUCGCAGGAAGCUGGCAGAGAUGGAGGCCAACUCAUCCGUCAUAGAGGAGCCUUCGCCAGCGCCCAAGGCUGCGGCACCCAAACGCGGCAAGAAGCUCGCCCUCCGGAGCAAGGACGAGGAGGACAAGAGCCCAUCCGAGACGGCAGCCAAGAAGAGCAAUGUGAUUGUAUUUGAUGACGAGGAAAUGAGCAAGCCCGUCGUCGUCGAGGAGACCGUCGCAAAGCCCGCCGCAUCAGUGGAGGACGACGACGACGAUGAGGAAGAGAGCGAUGACGAGGCGCCCGAGGCCGUUUCCACUGUCAAGGCUGCGUCUGAGAUUAAAUCAGCCGCCAAGGUUACGCAAAAAGCUGCCCAAGAGCAAGCGACGGCGCAGAAGCGAAAGCGCCAGGAGCGCGAUGCUCUGCUCAAGAAGCAGGCCGAGGAGCGCAGACAAGUUGAAGACUCACGCUCUAGCCCUCCUGCCGACGAUGACAACGAGCCCCAAAGCAUCGUCCCCGCGCCUCCCACGGCGACCCGCAAGCGCCGCGGCAAGGUCAGCGUCCCCCAGCUGCUGCCCGCCGAGUUCCUCACCGACUCCUCGUCCGGCGAGAGCGACGACGACGACGCGACGACGACGAUGGUCCGCCAGCCCAAACGCCCCCGCAAGGUGGCCGCCGUUGAGCGUAACCUCACACGCCUGGACAGGGGCCCGCGCGACGCGACGGUUGGCUCGACGGUGUACCAGGUAGCGCGGAAGACGGACGAGCGCAUGGCGCCCAAGGUGAAGCGCUACGCCAAGAGCUCCAAGGAGAUGCUGCUGAAGAGGAACCGGGCGCCCGCCAAGCAGCGCGGCGGAUUCCUCGCUAAGAGGUGA